GUUGCUUCUGUUGAUGGGGUGAAGUGCUGAUGUUGAUGUUGGUGAUAUAACGGUGUGCGGUCCAUCAGCGACGGGUGGAAAAUGGCAAUAUAAUACCACUAGUUAAUUUCACACCCAUCUAAACGAUAGCAACAGAGUGUGUCGACUCUUUAAAGUCUAUCGUAGUUUUGACUUUACGGUGAAGAAGCAACAGUAAGUUAGCGUUCAGCUAGCUAGGCUUGCUAACGCUAGCUAGCAGCGGCGUAGUUGAGGCUCAGCUGCCGACACUUAGCAGCUUCAUACAGAGGAGGAGAGGCGAGUUUCCGGGGUUCGGACAACGAUGCAGUGAUUACAUACGUGGCUGGUUGUCGUCUGGAUGUUUGCGCUUUCGCCGGGAUAAACUUCGUACACUCCGAACAAGUCGAGGUGAUGAGCUAAACCGAUGCCCAGAUUGAGCCCAGCGCACAUCAAACAACUGCAGAGGAGAUGAGUCAGCUUUGGUGGCGAGCCAAACGGCUGUCGGAGAACUUGGGGAAUGUCUCUCCUAAUGGCCUCCCCCCGGGGUCCCCAGCCACUGUGGCCCCCCAGGGACCCAACUCCUCCUGGGUGCCAGAAGCCCCAGUGGUCACACUCGAGGAGCCAAUUUUCCUCAUGACCUCCACAGCUCAGACGAUAUCAGGAUUCUUUGUUUGGACAGCUCUUCUGAUCACAUGUCACCAGAUCUACAUGCACCUGCGUUACUACAGCUCUCCAAAUGAGCAGAGGCACAUAGUUCGGAUCCUCUUCAUCGUCCCCAUCUACGCCUUUGACUCCUGGCUCAGCCUUCUGUUCUUCACCAACGAGGAGUACUACGUGUACUUCGACACGGUCCGAGACUGCUACGAAGCCUUUGUCAUCUACAACUUCCUGAGUCUGUGCUACGAGUAUCUGGGAGGAGAGAGCGCCAUCAUGGCUGAAAUCAGAGGGAAACCCAUCGAGUCAAGCUGCAUGUACGGGACCUGUUGUCUGUGGGGCAAGACCUACUCAAUUGGGUUCCUCCGGUUCUGCAAACAGGCGACUCUCCAGUUCUGCGUGGUGAAACCCCUGAUGGCCGUGAUCACUGUCAUUCUUCAGGCCUUUGGGAAAUACAGAGAUGGAGACUUCAACGUGGCCAGUGGCUACCUGUACGUCACCAUUAUCUACAACAUCUCCGUCAGUCUGUCGCUCUACGCGCUCUUCCUCUUCUACUUUGCCACGCGUGAGCUGCUCGUCCCUUACAACCCUGUGCUCAAAUUCUUCAUGGUCAAGUCCGUCAUCUUUCUCUCCUUCUGGCAGGGGAUGCUGCUGGCCAUCCUGGAGAAGUGCGGCGCUAUUCCUCAGAUCACCUCCGCCGACUUCUCCGUGGGCGAAGGAACAGUUGCUGCCGGCUACCAAAACUUCAUCAUCUGCAUCGAGAUGUUCUUUGCUGCUGUUGCUUUGCGCCACGCCUUCACUUACAAGGUCUACAUGGACAAACGGCUGGACUCGUACGGUCGCUGUGCCCCCAUGAAGAGCAUCUCCAGCAGCCUGAAGGAGACCAUGAACCCGGGCGACAUGGUCCAGGACGCCAUCCAUAACUUCUCCCCAGCUUACCAGCAGUACACCCAGCAGUCCACGCUGGAGCGAGGUGGGGGGCCGCCGCUCUCCCGCAGCCACAGCAACCUCAGCACCCGCGGGGACAAUGAAAAGACCCUCCUGCUCAGCUCCGACGACGAGUUCUGAGCGUCUCACACACACUCAGAGGCUCGCUGUGCUCCAGCUGUGUGAGACAAAUCAGAUCUUUUUAUUUCAAGUUUAACUUAGAAGAUCAGAUGUUUUUUUUUUUGUUUUUUUUUAGAUAACAACAAAAGAUCCAGUGUGGGUCGAUAGAGGUGGAAGGGAGUGUUUUAUAAGACAAAAGAAGUGGGGAAAGGAGGGAGGUGUGAUGGAAUGGGAGAUGUUAUAAAUGGAGCGAGGUUGGGAUCCAUUCAGCUGUUCUUUGUGUCAUAGUUGCAGUUCUGGGGCCAUUACUGGAUUUAUAUGUGGAAUAUUGAUCAGUACAAAUAACCGUGCCUGCAUAUAGCAUCUUAAUUCUGCACUUUAGACUCUACGGCAAAAAAACAAACACAAUGCUUUAUAUGAGCUAGAGGGAAUAAGUGCCAUCUUCACCUGAAACACACGGCCUCUUUAAUUGUUCCGUUUUUAUAUUGGUUCUCGAUCCGUUCGCCUCCUCAACCCCUCCUCAACCCCUCCUCAACCCCUCUGCCAACUCUGACUGAAACAUUGCCAAAUUCGUGGAGCAGUUCUCCAGUAAUGAGUCUUAAAGUUUAGGGAUGAUUUAUAUUCAACGUGAGGAGCCUUUGAACUGCUGAGUUCAUUUUGAUAUGUGAGUUCCAUCACAAAUAAUUAUCUUAUUUAAACGUCGUACGGCCUUGCAGGUAAAACUCGUUUAGAUCGAUGGGAAGUCGUUAUAAAUAUACUGUGUGUUUAUCAUUGUGGGUUCAUCUGAACCAGCGACACAAAAGCGUGACUCCAGCUGUUGGUCUGCAGUUUUGUGGUUUUGUGGAGCGCCGAGGGAACAGCUGCAGGAGAGAUUUCCGUGUGGGCAGAGGGACUGACAGAAGGACAGCACCCACACAGAUUACAGAUUACCGAAGAGGAAACACUUCCCUGCAGAGCCGGCCCAGCUGUGAUGCGCGGCGGAUUGUAAUCUCAUAAUUGUUGGCCUUACGUGCAGCGCGGACCGGGCCUGCCUCUGCUGGCGCUGUUGGUAACAGCACCACUGCUGUAGGGUCAGGACGCUGGUGUUUACAGAGGCCGACUGGACACACUGAAUAUAUAUUACACACACAGUAAGGUGUAGAAGGUUGAAAAAAACACAGUGGAAAAACCUUCAAGCUGGCCACACGUCUUCUGUUUUAUCUGAUCUGUUUUUCCAGCAUCUAUGGUUGAGUUACUGUUUGUUUUCAGCUGAUGUUUAACGCGUUUUCACAUGACCAGUAUACUGUAUAACUUGCUUGUGGUUGUGAUCCUAGUUGUUUCAUGGCAGAGGAGUCCCAUUAGGCCCAGUGCUGCCUCUACAUGUUUUCUGUUGGUGCAGAAUCCCAGAUCGGCAACACAGUCCUGGUGAGGAAUGAAUGCAGUCGUAAAGAAAAAACAGGUUGUUUAUGUUUUGAUGGGAAAUUUUGUUUUUAAGUUGGCAGAAUAAUUAAAAAGCAUUUGUUGAAUUGUUAGCCAGUAAUCCUUCCAGUUAUCAUCUCAACUAUUAACACGUUGCUGUCCUUCAAAGUCAAGGUUUGUUCCAUGAAUGUGCAUUAAGUUGAUUUAACUACCUGAUACUUUCCCCCAGUAACAGCAUAUCAAACUCCAUCAUCUUCAUUCAAAACUCUGUCAGAUGAUAGUUUUGAUACGAUGUUUAAAAGCUGGAUGUUAUUUACGAAGCUGAAUUUAUCAAACCAGGGAUACCUAAAUGCUGUAAAUAGAGUCAAACUGAGCGCUGCUGCGAAACAGUGACGGUGACGACUGUGAUGGCAUUGCUUGUGUAGUGCUCUGUUUGAAUAUUUUUGUGUUUUAAUGAGUUCAUUUCGUAUAUACUCUUAUUUUAUUCUUUGUUGUAUACUUUUUGAUUUGUAUAUCGGUAAUAUCACAUGUUUUGAUUUGAUGCUAUAUUGAUUUAUGUUGGUGUUGCAAAAGAAAUAAAACACAAAUGGGAAAAAAGACA